GAGCCUGGCUCUCGGAUCAGAGGCUGGUUCUUGCGGGAACUUGUCUCCAUGGAAAGUCUCUCCCCCUCCGAGCGCCGGCGGCCUCUCUGCCCUCCGGGAGCUGGGGAUUAGGUCAGGAAAUGAGGCACAAGCAGAGGCAGCAGCGGGAGCAGGAAGGGGCCGGCCCAGGUGUGGCUUUAGGACCCAGCGGAUCCCCCAUGUUGGAGAUGUGGAGUUGCAAAAACAUCUGGCGCGGUUGGAGCCGCCGGACCCCUGCACGGAGUGUUGGGAAAGAGGGAAUCUCGGGUCCCAUCCUGGAAAAGGCAAAGACUCCUCCGGCUGCUCCUCCGUCAUUCCAGCAGGAUGAGAGGGACGGGGCUCUUCGUGCUGUGCCUGCCAGUGCUGCUGGUGCAGGGCCAGUACAGCCGCUUUGAGGGCAUCACCUACCCCGAGCCCGUCCAGUACUCCCAGUACGACCAGCAGGCAGAAAUCCAGGAUUACUACGACUACCAUGAUGUCACCCCCCGUGCCCCCGAGGAGCAGUUCCGGUACCAAUCCCAGCAGCAAUCCCAGCAGGAAACUGUGCCGGCCCCGACCCCAGCCGCCGCCCCCGAGACCGAGCCCACGGAGCCGGGACCGCUGGACUGCCGGGAGGAGCAGUAUCCCUGCACGCGGCUCUACUCGGUGCACAAGCCGUGCAAGCAGUGCCUGAACGAGAUCUGCUUCUACAGCCUCCGCCGGGUUUACGUCAUCAACAAGGAGAUUUGUGUCCGCACCGUGUGCGCCCACGAGGAGCUGCUGCGAGCUGACCUGUGCCGGGACAAGUUCUCCAAGUGCGGGGUGAUGGCCACGAGCGGGCUCUGCGCGGCCGUGGGCGCGUCCUGCGCCCGCAGCUGCGGGGGCUGCUGAGCCGGGACCCCCUUCCCGACCCCAUCCCGCCCAUCCCGGCCCCGCUCCCGGCCCGCCGCGGGGCUCCGCAACCCGGGAAAGGCACGGAAGGAGCCUUUUCCCACCGUUUUUUUGUGCGCGGAAAGAAUUAAACCCAAAAUAAAAACAGGGAAAAAAAGGGGGGGAGGGGGAGGGAUUUAUUGUUUUUAUGACUUUCUUUUGUCGUUUUGGAAAAGGGGGGGCUCGGCCCCGAGUUUUCUACAGAGAGAAUCCCACACCGA